CGUCCGGCUUCCAGCUCGUAACUUUAGUACUGUUAGCAACCAAAGAGAGAAUUAAAUAUGGGUGAUAUUGAGAAAGGCAAGAAGAUUUUUGUUCAGAAGUGUGCCCAGUGCCAUACUGUGGAAAAAGGAGGCAAGCACAAGACUGGGCCAAAUCUCCAUGGUCUCUUUGGGAGGAAGACAGGUCAGGCUGCUGGCUUCUCUUACACAGACACCAAUAAGAACAACGGCAUAACCUGGGGAGAGGAUACACUGAUGGAGUAUUUGGAGAAUCCCAAGAAGUACAUCCCUGGAACAAAAAUGAUCUUCGCUGGCAUUAAGAAGGGAGAAAGGGCAGACUUGAUAGCUUAUCUCAAAAAAGCUACAAAUGAGUAAUAGAUGGCCAUUGCCUUAUUUAUUACAAAAGAGAAAUAUCUCACGGCUUUUUUUUAUGUGUACCGUAAUUUAAUUGGUCUCAUUUACCAGAAUUCAGAUCAUGAAUGAGUGACAGAAUAUUUUUGUUGGACAGUCCCCGUUUAACUAAGACUGGCUUGUGGUUAAAUGAAUAUGAUCGGUUUUUUGGAUUUUGAUAGUGAUUCCAGUUCAGUAAAUGCAUCACUGUUUUCCAUUUCUAAAGAUAUGUUCAUAUUUAAUUAGCAAUGUUUACCUUUUCACAAAGAUAGUAAAUUGCCAUCCCAAAGCCUAUUGAAGAUUGGUUUUAUAUUAAGAUUUAUAUAACUGAUUAUGUGAAUAUAUUUAAAUACUGGGGAAAUCUCCUCACUGUCUCAGAACCAAGCAAGACUCACUGAUGUUUUAAUUGGUGUUCAUUAGCCUGUUAAAGGUGAGGGCUGGAGAGAAGGUAGCAAUGUUUACUUUGUACUUUUGAUCUUUAUCACGCCAAUAUAAUUUCCCUGGGUCUACUAAAAUGCUGCCUUUUAUUUAUUGAAAGGCAUUUUAGUGUGGUUUAUGUGUAAUGUCAAAUAAAAAAUAUUUAACAUUUAU